UGUUAGCGUUAAACAAGGAGUCGUAGAGACUUGGAUAGCCAAUUUAGUGUGUUAGCCAAUUAAUGUUUAAAGUCAGCGUUAUCCACCUUUGGGUCAUCACCCAUAUUACAUGCUGUAACUUUGCUCCAUGCUUUUCAGUAAGCUGUCGAGAAUGGCAAACUGUUGUAACGUUAUGUUGAGUUUAGCUAACUUGGCUAACGUAUUCGGUUUGAACUAGUAUGGAUGUCGAUGACUGCAAUGGCCGGUCUUACAUAUCAGCUAGUGGAGACUCGUCAAUGGAAAGAGAGUUUUCUGGGGCCCUUGGAGGUCCAAUAGUGAGCACUCCCAACAGCAAAGAGACCUCUCCUAGUCGCUCCCUAAGUGCCAACUCCAUUAAAGUGGAGUUGUACAGUGAUGAAGACCUAGCUCGCAGUACUAAAGAGGAAAGAGGGGAGCGGGUAGAGGAAGGAGGCCUGGAGCAAGGCUCUGAGGCUGUCGGAGGCUACAGGGAGCUCACCAGUCCUGAAACAAUGCCAACUGGAGCCACCAGACUGCCAAAUGGAAAGCUCAAGUGUGAUGUCUGUGGAAUGAUCUGCAUUGGACCUAAUGUGCUCAUGGUGCACAAACGCAGCCAUACAGGUGAGCGACCAUUCCAAUGUAAUCAGUGUGGUGCCUCCUUCACACAAAAAGGUAAUUUGCUCCGCCACAUCAAGCUGCACUCAGGGGAGAAGCCCUUUAAGUGUCCGUUCUGUAGCUAUGCCUGUCGAAGACGAGAUGCGCUUACUGGUCAUCUUCGCACUCAUGCAGUCUCCUCUCCAACUGUAGGUAAACCGUAUAAGUGCAAUUACUGUGGCCGUAGUUACAAACAGCAGAGCACCCUAGAGGAGCACCGUGAGCGAUGCCACAGCUACUUACAGAGUCUGGAGUCACAGCAGCUAUCCAGUGCACAGAAUCUAGGAGAGGAGAUGCGAGAGCUAGAGUUUAUACCAGACUCUCUGCUACAGCCCUCCUCAGACAAGAUGACAUUUAUCGAUCGGCUUACCAACAUCACCACCAAACGCAAGAGGUCCACACCACAAAAAUUUGUAGGACAGAAGCACAUACGCCUCAACCUCGGAGAUGCACCUUAUGAGCUCAGUGCUGGUUUGGAUAAAGAUGGGGAGAUGCACGGAGGGGACUUUGAAGCACCACACUUUACUGGUCUGGGAGGAGAAUAUGCAGGCAUAGCAGGAAAUGGAGGAGGUAUAUCAGACACACUAAGGCCUCUACACCAUCCCACCACUCAUGCUUCAUGUUUAUCAGAGCUCAGGCCAGUGCACAACUCCUCGCAUACCCCCGUCGUUUUAGGCCUGAGGCUGGAUUGCACAGGGACUGGAGUUGGGCUGGGAGCUGCAGGUGUAGUGGGAAGGGAGGCUGCAGAGGGUCAUGAAGACCCACCUGCUGGUCAAAGUCAUGCACCCUCACCUAGCAAUGGUUGCCAAGACUCUACAGACACAGAGAGCAUGCCAGAUGAGCCAUGCAACAGUACUGCUCCAACUGUAAGUCUGCACAGUAACAACAGCCAUUAUCUUCUGCACCCCAACAAUCAUAACCCAGCACCUCCGUCCACUGCACACCACAGGAGUCGGGACAGACAGAGCCCCAGCCACGCCAAAGACAGGGAGGUGGACAGAGAGGAUGGGGGCCGCCCAGGCCCCCCACCUCCUUCCCUUGCUCCAACUCCCAGCUCCCCUACAGCACCCUCCUCCACGUCCAGGGAGGCUUUUCGAGUUGUAGAUGGAGAAGGGCGGGCUGUGCGCUCUUUUCGUUGUGAGCAUUGCCGUGUGCUUUUUCUGGACCAUGUUAUGUUUACUAUCCACAUGGGCUGCCACGGUUUUCGUCAGCCUUUUGAGUGUAACAUCUGUGGCCACCGAAGUCAGGACCGCUAUGAAUUUUCUUCACAUAUCGUCCGUGGAGAGCACAUCCUUGAUUGAGGAUAAAGUGUGGACAACCUGCUUCACCUAGAAUAUUUUACAUUGAGACGAGGACCUGGCUGAGUUUGGUCUGCACACGAGCCAGAGGGGAUGCUGAUAUGAAACUCAUAGGAAUAUUUCAAACACGUACUGAGUAGCAAGUAUGUAUCAGCAUUAAUGGAAAGCUCAUAUGUAUGUUUCUAAAGUUCUAAUAGUGGACCUUAUUUUCAGUGCACUUUGAACAAGAUAUCUAUUUAAAUUGCACUUUUAAUUUGAUGGAAUGUGAAGUAGAUGAAGAGCCAAUGCACUCUUUCAUCUGCAGAUGUGCCUUGCUCUAAAAUUCAGGAUUCAGACCUGAUACACAAAUCUGACUUUGGUCCAUAACCUAAAACUUUUUGCACUUUAACAGAAAUAACAUAAAGAACUUAAAUGUGAAGUUGCCUACAAUGGAAUCUGUUGUUACUUUCUUCUAAAAGCACUUUUCCUGUGAAACGAUUCCCCAAUAAAUGCAACAAAUGUUACAUUCUGCACAGUUUUUUUCCCCACUUGGCACUGACUCUCUACAGUGUAUUGCUUUUUAAAAUGUGAAGUGCAGACCAAACUCAAAACCCAGGUCCAAGUUAAAUAGAUGUGUUUGAGAGGUUGUCCAUGAAAUAGAAAUGCACUUUUGUUUUUCACAGGGGUGGAAUUGACACAUCUGAGUGUGUGAGUAUGAAUGACAGGAAGAACAUAAAACCGUUUUUGGAAAGAAGUUGAACAAGUAACAUAAAAAAAAUGAAGGCCUUUAUUUGUGUGAAUGCCAUGGGGGGGGGUGUAUGAAAUGUGUUUUUCUUUUGUAUGACUGCUCGUGUUGCACGAUACCUGCCAGAAUAUUAAGAUUAUUUUAAACUAUUUUAUAGAAUACAUCAAGGACCUGCGCAUUUCUCUCAAAUGUGAGAAAAACGAAUUGAAUGUUUUUUUCACUAGGAAAGGAGUACGAGUAUCACUGCCACAGUUUUAGAGAUUAGUCAAGAAGUUGUGAUCUUUACAAGUCUUCUAACACUUUCCCUUUCAUUACUACAUCAAACUGCAAACCUACACUAACCUAUUUAUGCUAUAUUUAAAUAUACUUUUGGUGGUAUUAUUCAUUGUAUUGUGCCUUUCUUCACUCUGAUCAAACCUUGUCAAUUAGACUGAAGGACAAGAGCUACCAACAGUCAUGAAACAAAUCACUGUAGGUGAUGUUAGAGAUCAUGAGGUACAAAACAAUACAAGUACUUUAGUUGUUUUCUAGACACCAUAAAGUCUCCAGCUUACAGCUUUGCACAAUUGCUAUUCAUUUCAACAAAAGUAGGAUUGUUUUUUUUUUUAUUAUUAUUAUUUAUUAUUAUUAAAGUGGUGGUAAAGAACCAAAUCUGUAAAGAUUUUUAAGAAUAAAUGUGCAUGGCAUUUGGCCCAUGCUGCUAUGGCAUGAAUGAGUGCGGUGUUGAAUGGCAGUUUACAACCAUCCUUGCAGAUUAAGCCCAAAAAAGAUGUUUUAUUUGCAUUUUCUUUAAACACAUUUCAGCCCACAAAUCACUAGUGUGAGUGAACCAGGUGUAAUGUUCAAAAUUGGCCUUGUCAGUUGUGAUUUAUAAUAAAUGAUCCUGUUUAGGUAAUUGUGUGUAGAAACGAAAUGUGUCAGUUGAACGACCACUGUCAACUUGUGAUUCUGGCUGCCUGUUUACAUGUUAAAAUAAUACAGUUGCUAGUUAAU